UUGUAUUGUAACCAAGGGUGGACUGACCAUUUGGAAACUCGGGCACUGCUGAGGGCCCGGGGUCAGUAGGGGGCCCCGUGAGAUGCCCCUGGUACCUUUUUCAUAGGCUUUUUUGAGUUUGGGCAAGGACACAGGGGCCCCAUGAUCCCCUAUUGCCCGGGGGCCCCAUGAGUUGUCAGUCCGCCCCUGAUUGUAACUGUAAUGGCUACCUUCAUUUUGGCCCUUACCCAGCUGUGCUGACAUGGAGCUGUCAGGAAACUGGCUAUCACAUUUGGAGAGAGCCUAACAUUCUG